CACUAAUAUGUGUUGGGGUCUAAUGUGUGUUUUAUGGGUCUGUAGUGGUGUUGCUGAGGUAGGGAACUGGUGUAUUUCUAGCUGGCUAUGGAGGACACCAUUAUAUAUUUCUUAAGAAUUUCUUUAGCCUUUCUCAGUCUCGGUGUCCAUGGUCAAAUUGGAAGUGUUGAUGGCUUUGUCCGCAGUGCAGGUUAUCCUGGAUACUAUGAGGCUGGUCCCCCUUUGCAGGAUGUUGUGAAACCACAAAAUUCCAGCUGGUAUGGCCAAGGAGAUGCAUCUGGUUCCAUCGAGCCUCUAAGAUCCAAGAAUAUCCCUUACAGUGCUGCAGUUAGGGGUGUAUAUAGCAGUGAAAGCUAUAGCCCUCAAACAGUCUCUUUUGGCUCUGGUCCAGUGACAAGUGUUCAUAUGUUUGGUUCUGUCUCCAGUGCUAGAAACCAACUUCAAGGUUCUCUGAUAUCUUUAGCUGGUAGUGGCCGUCUUGUUUCUAGUUCUGUGGCAACUGCAUUGGGUACAAGUGUAAACCGUGAGUCUGUACCCCAGCCAGCACAGCUCAGUUCUCAAACUCCUGUGCAGACUAGUAGGGAGUCUGUAGUGUCUAGUAGCCAGCAACCAAUGCAGACCAGCUCCCAGUCCAGUGCCCAACAGCCAUUUAUCAAAUCCCAGAAAGGUAGGCUUGCGCAAGUUGGAUCGGAGUGCUUUUCUGGUACCAGUCCAGACUUCAAGUUCUGGUUUUAUAUUCAAGCCUGUGCAGCGACAAAAUCCGUCCUCCCUCCAGUGGCCAGCAAUCAGCACAAGCCAGCUACCAGUCUGCAACAGCCUAGUCUCCAAAAACCAGGACUGACCCGAUACCAGCCUGUCUCUCAGCCCAGUGGCCUGCAGUCAGCACAAACCAGCUACCAGUCUGUGCCCCGGCCUGGUGGCCAAAAACCAAGACCGAUCCAAUACCAGCCUAUCUCACAGCCUAGUGGAUUGCAGACAGUUCAAGCCAGCUACCAGUCUAUGCAACCACCUAGUCUCCAAAAAGCAGGACUGACCCGAUACCAGCCUGUCUCUCAGCCCAGUAGCCAGCAGUCAGCACAAAUCCGCUACCAGUCUGUGCCCCAACCUAGUGGCCUGCAGUCGGCUCAAGCCAACUACCAGUCAAUGCAACCACCUAGUGGUCAAAAACCAGGACUGACCCGAUACCAGCCUGUCUCUCAACCUAGUGGCUUGCAGUCAUCACAAACCAGCUACCAAUCAGCACAAGCUCACUACCAGUCUGCGUCCCAGCCCAGUGGCCAAUCUGUGUCUCUUCAGCCUGGAUUCCAGCUCUCUCCUAUGCCAGAGCAGUCAAGUUAUGCGUCUCUUUCCAGUUUUGGUUCCCAACCCCUAGAGCAGCCCAGUAAUGUACAACUUGCUUCAAGCUAUGAGUCCGUGUUGCAGCCUGACCUUCAGGAUACAGCACCACUGCGCUCCCAGACUACUCAAAACGAGCGCUUAGCACCAGGCAUGUUGAGGAUGUUGCAGCAAGUGAAGUCAUAGCUGCAUAGUUGAUGUAACUUCAUUUAGUGUGGUUUUUUUUUUCCUCUCUCAAAACAAUAAGUCACAUGAACAAACUUGGUUUGUGUUUGCUGGGUUCUUUUUCAGCUAUCUAAAUUUGCCAGGGCUUUAAUGUGGUCUACUGAUGCAGUAAUAUUUUGUUAGAUGUAUGGUGUCUUCUGGGGGGGGUAGAAGAAACUCUUGUCUACUGGUAGUUUAAUAUCUUUGACCAGUGAAGUUCUAUUGUUGGCACAUUUACCUCAUCUUCGGUUUUCUUUGGUGUUCUCUCUGUGGUUAUGUAAUCGGUUUAAAUUCUUUUAAAAGCUCUUGUCAUUUUUACAGCUGCUUGGUUCAAGGUGUGAUCGCAGGCUGGUUAUGCAAAACUAAUGGGUAACUAGUUUCUGUGUCCUCUACAGGUUGAUUGUACACUGACAUCACUAGUGGGUGUUUCUCCAGUUGUCAUGGUGUGCAUAUAAACCCAAUUUUAUGUACAAUGUAUGGUUAAUUGAAAGUACGAAAAAAUAGUUUAAAUCAUUUUCAAUAAAAAUCUGAAGCCCAAGUGUGGACAGUG